UGAAUUGUGUGUUAUCAAUCGAAAAAACCUGUAAUGAAUGAGCAAAAAGGCGCUUUAUCAAAGCUGCAGUUCAGAUGUUUUUCAUGUGAGGUCGCCCUAGAGAUAAAAUGUGUGAGAGAAAAAGGCGUCAUCGGUCUCCUAGCAGCGGUCUGCGAGAGCGAGACUCGGGUUUCAAGAACGCCAGACGAUACAGAUCUUGAGCCAAGCCGGUGCAACAAAGGAGAGCAAAGAGGAUCUUGUCCUAAAAACAGGCUGGUUGAGCAGAAACUCUCCAACCUACUUAACAAAUGGGGCUUUUUGACAAGCUUACGAGUUGGCUGGGUCUCAAAAAGAGAGAAGUAAAUGUACUGUGUUUGGGUCUGGACAACAGCGGGAAGACGACCAUCAUCAACCAGUUAAAGCCGUCCAAUGCUCAGGCUCAAGACAUCGUUCCAACCAUUGGUUUCAGCAUAGAAAAGUUUAAGAGCUCUGGACUUUCUUUCACAGUUUUCGACAUGUCGGGGCAAGGCAGGUACAGAAAUCUCUGGGAACACUAUUACAAGGAUGGUCACGCCAUCAUAUAUGUGAUUGACAGUGGAGAUAAACUAAGAAUGGUGGUGGCAAAAGAUGAACUGGACACACUUUUGAAUCAUCCCGACAUUAAGCACAGGAGGAUACCCAUUCUGUUCUUUGCCAACAAGAUGGACCUCAGAGAUGCAUUGUCUGCUGUAACAGUUUCCCAACUCUUGUGUCUUGAAAACAUUAAGGACAAACCCUGGCAUAUCUGUGCCAGUGAUGCAGUGAAAGGGGAAGGCCUUCAGGAGGGUGUAGAAUGGCUACAAGAUCAAAUCAGAGCGAUGAAAACGUAAAACCAACCUGAUAAACAGAAUCAUCACAGUUGCAAUGGACCUAGUGGAAACAAGGAUUUUUUUUUUGAUUGUAUCUUUGUUUUACACUUGACCUGAAUUGGCCAAAUGGUUCAUGUCCUCAGGGCAAUAUAUUCGUGGACCUAAGGACAACAUUUUUAUUAAUAAAACCUAAAACCUAAUCCCACACCAAACCCCAACCCUAACCAUAACCCAUUUCAAAUGAACUGCAAACUUAUUUUCGAAAUCUGAUUGUGAUUUAAAUGUUGUCCUAGGAUCAACAUGAUGUUGCCCUAAAGACAUCAACCACUUGGCAAAAUCAGGAAGGCCAUGUUUUUCACCUGAACCUAGUGAUGAUCAGUUGGGAUCACCUGAGCUCUGUGUUAAGACCUAUAUGACAGUGCAUUCUCAGUCUUUUGUACCUUCCAUAAGUUUUGCUUGAGUAAAUAUUACACAACUUGGAGAUUAAUUUAAAUUCUACAAACCAUUGUUCUUAAAACCUUUUUCGGGCAUAUCUUUCAGACAGAGAUCGUAUUUUAAACUUUACCACACAUCUUGUUUGCUAAUGCAAACUGUAAAGUAAGCAGAUCUCCAGUAGCAAAUACAGAUUGUUUCAUAUUUAAUAUCUGCUAUAACUGUGUUUGUUUACGUGGAAUGAAUAGAAAACUCUGAAUUGUAAAAUAGUUUAAGCUUUUUAUUAGAUCCCAUAUUCGUUAGUAUGAUAUACUUUUCAUGCAUUUUAUUCAUGUUGCCUCUGAACCUUAAUGAAAAUGUUUUUUUGCUGAAAGUAUGACACGUCUAUUGAUCACAAAUAAAAUCCUCUUUGUUUUGGACUUAUUUAUUUAGCAUAAGCAUUUUGUUUAAAAGCGUAAUGUUACAGUUGCUGUAUGGUUUGUUUUGUGAAGACAGCAUGUUUUUAAUUUUCUCAAUGUUUUACAAGUAUUUAGCAAAUGUGUUUUUAUGAAUUGUUACGGGAUCUUGUUAUAGAAUGUUUAAAUAAUAAACAGUCACUAAGGAGC